AUAUUAAGACAUAUUUAUUUGUAAAUGAAAAAACCACAAAAAUGGAAGAUGAUUAUAAUACAAAACAUACGCAAGUUGCUAUAAAACCAAUAAACAAGGACACAGUUCAUAAAAUUUGUUCAGGCCAGGUGGUGUUAAGCUUAGCAGUAGCAGUAAAAGAACUUGUAGAAAAUUCAUUAGAUGCGGGUGCUACUAAAAUAGAUAUAAGACUAAAGAAUCAUGGCAUUGACCUCAUUGAAGUAUCAGAUAAUGGAACUGGUGUUACUGAAGAUAACUUCUCUGCUUUGACUUUAAAAUACCAUACAUCCAAGUUAACAGACUAUUCAGAUCUGCUAGGGGUGUCCAGUUUUGGCUUUAGAGGGGAAGCUCUUAGUUCUUUAUGUGCAUUAGCCAAACUAACUAUUACAACAAGACAUCAAAGUGCAGACUAUGCAACAAAAAUUGAAUAUGACCAUAAAGGAAAUAUAAUAAAUAAAACACCAUGUUCAAGACAAGUCGGAACAACUGUCACCUUAACAGAUUUGUUUUCUUCACUUCCAGUAAGACAGAAAGAAUUACAUAAGAAUUCUAAAAGAGAAUUUAAUAAAAUGACAAGCUUAUUAUAUGCAUAUUGUUUAAUUUCUUUAGGAGUAAAUAUAACAUGUAGUAAUCAAUCUAAUUCGAAUACCAAAUCAUUAGUUGUUACAACACAAGGAUCAAUUUCAUAUAAAGAUAAUAUAGCAUCUGUGUUUGGUGUUAAACAAUUAGAAAAUCUAUUGGACAUAAAAACUGAAUAUGUACCAAACAUUAAAGAAAAUAUUUUUAAAGGUUUAUCAGGUGAAGUGAAAAUGUCUGAAGAAACUAUAAAUGUAGAAGAUACAGAAAUAGAUUUGUCUGAAGAUUCCAAUGAUGCUGAGAAUAAUGAAAUUACAAAUACUCAAGGUAGCAUACAAAGUUCACAAAAAUCUCAAGGAUACAAAAAUGGUUCUCCACCAGUAGAACUAGUUGGAUAUAUAUCUACAUGUGCUCAUGGAUGUGGUCGCUCAAGUACUGAUCGUCAAUUUUAUUAUGUGAACUCAAGACCUUGUGAACCAACUAAAAUUAUGAAACUUAUAAAUGAAAUUUAUAGACAGUUUAAUCCUCAUCAAUACCCUUUUGUUUUUCUUAAUAUUGUCUUAGAGAGAACAUUAGUAGAUGUCAAUGUUACACCUGACAAAAGAAAACUAUUUUUGGCCAAAGAAAAAGCUAUUCUUGAUGUAGUCAAAUGUUCCAUAAGUAAGCUAUUCGAAAACAUUCCCAGAGUUAUGAAACUAGAAUCAGCACAUUCAAUAAGUAAUACACAAAUUGUACCUGAUAUUGAACAACCAAGAAUUUUUAAUUCAUUCAUGCAGCAGUUUAGUAAUAAAUCUACAAAAUCUGAUAUUAAAACAAAUGGCAGCACUGAAAAAAAGCCUGAACUUAAAAGAAAAUCCAACACAUUAUUAGAUUAUGCUAUAUCAAAAUCGAAAAGAGUAGAAAUCUAUCAAAAUGUAAAUCAAGAUGACAUAAAACUUUGUGAUGAAAAUGAUGGUAAUGCUGAAGUUGAAAAUAUUAUAAAUCUUGAUCUAUACACAACCAGAUCCAAUAGCAAAGUAAAAAUAGAACCUGAAAAUAAUAUUGAUGAACAGCCUAGUGAUAUACCAGCUGAAAAUGAAAAACCUGAAGUUAUGUAUUUGGAAUUUUCAAAUGAACUACCUAAUACACAAAUCAGAAAUAUUUCUGAUGUUGUUAUUGAAAAAUCAAAAACAAUUUAUUGUAAAACUACAAAUACACCUGUAAAGCCUGUACUUGCUCCCACACCUAAAAGUAAAAGGCAAGAAAUUGUAACUGACAAAGAAGAACUUGGAAAAUAUAAUAGAAAAUCAAUAACAAUGAAAACAUCUAUUGAUCAUGUUACUAAACUAGCAGAAAUAUACAACAACCAAAAGCAAAAGAUUAAACCUGAUAAAAUAAAGUUCAAAAGUGAAAUUAAUCCUGUUCACAAUAAAAAGUGUGAAGAAGAAUUGAGUAGAGAAAUAUCAAAAGAUUCAUUUAAAGAUAUGAUUGUUAUAGGUCAGUUUAAUUUGGGUUUUAUAAUAACUAGAUUAGGUGAAGAUCUAUUUAUUAUCGAUCAACAUGCCACAGAUGAAAUAUAUAACUUCGAAACUUUACAAAAAACAACAGAACUUACAAGUCAAAAAUUAGUUAUACCACAACAAUUAGAGCUCUCAGGAGUUAAUGAAGAAAUAUUAAUGGAUAAUCUACAAAUAUUUAAAAAGAAUGGAUUUACAUUUGAAAUUAAUGAAAACGCUUUACCCACGAAAAGAGUUAAAUUAUUGACCAUUCCAAUGUCAAAAAACUGGAUCUUUGGCAAAGAUGAUAUUGAAGAACUCUUAUUUAUGUUGCGUGAAAAUGACUCGGAAUACUGCCGGCCAAGUCGUGUGCGUGCAAUGUUCGCGUCAAGAGCGUGUAGAAAAUCUGUUAUGAUCGGAACAGCUUUGAGUAAAGCUGAUAUGAAAGUACUAGUUGAUCAUAUGGCUGAUAUAGACAAGCCUUGGAAUUGUCCGCAUGGCAGACCAACAAUCCGUCAUCUUGUUAAUUUAGCGAUGGUGCAUUCUGAAUGAAAAAGGUUUAUUUGUUAUCAAUUGUAAA